GAUAGCUUUUGGGAUGUAUGCUCCGGCAUGUAUAUCCGAACACAACGAUCAACUGAGCGAUACCAUAACAUCAACGAAUAAUCGCGGAUUGAAGGUGGGUGUUGUUCCGGAAACGGGAGCAUUGCUGAUUGUCGUGAUCUGAAUAUUCGCCGGAAUUGAAUUUUGGAUAGGCGUACACAACAGGCUAUUUAGUGCGGUGUGUGAUUGUUAUUUAAGCUGAUAGAUGCGCGGUUCGGAUGAACAGAUAAUGCAGAAGCCUGUUCUGCCGUUAUCUCUUUUGAACGACCUGAGAUGCGUGCAUUGUGAGAAAUUUGUUAGCUGCGGACCUGUCUAUGUGGUAACUCCAAGUAAAACUAUACUGUGUGGAAGAUGCCGCAUGUUUGCAAAGCCUGUAUACCGCAAUGUGUCUUACGAAGCGUUGGCUUCGAUGUUCCAGUACAACUGCAACAACUGGGAAGUGCACUGUCCGAAAAUUUUGUUUUGGAACGAGAGCAGAAACCACGAGGAUGAAUGCACAUAUGGCACCUUCUGCAGUCGGUUCUGGAGACAUCCCUGUACGUGUUGCAGAAGCCGGAGAGAUAUCCCACUAGGCGAUAUCAGGCUAGUGCCUAUCUUCGAACCACUACUGGACUAUAUAAGGUGCGUCAGCUGCAAUUACUUCCUGUCUUGCGAACCGGUGUAUAUUCUACCGAAUGGCAAAAAUGUCUGCCAUCGCUGCAUCCACGCCAAUGGAUUCCCACCCAAUGGUAUUCAUAACGUCUUCUACGAAACUCUGGCAAACAUUGUGAUCUUUCCCUGUAUAUUCCGAGGCCGUGGAUGUCCUACCAUGCUCAAGUUCGGUAAGGAUCUUUGGGAGCAUGAAACCCAAUGCUCCUACAAUACGUCAUUCGCCAAGGCGCAAAAGUCGCAGCAACAGGAAAGGAACAAGGAGCGUGGUGUGAUACAAACACACUCUGGACAUCAUUUUGGUACGCUGUCGCCCAAUAAUGUACCAAUGGCUCCUCCAAGAAAGGAUAGCGACUUUGACUUGCAGAAGCAACUGGUCAAAUCCAUAAAGAAGCAACAGGAAAGGCGGCAUCUCAGGGCAGAAGAAAUAGAAUCGCAAUUUGAUAGGAGAUCUGUAGAUACUGAUGGAUCACACAAGAGCAUUGAUGACAAGGGGUCUUCCAGUCGGGCAAGCACUUUGUCCAGGCAUGAGGAAGAAGAAAUCCAGAAGCACUUCGCCUUCCUAGACCGUCCAGAAUCCACAGAUUCUGGAUUAUCUAUCUAUUCCAUACCCAGCGACGACCCGAAGAAUCGCACCCUUGCCGGUAAAAACCCAUACCAAUUUGAACGUGCAAUAGGCAGAUCGGAAAGCAUUCUGAGCAGUAGAGAACUUUUAGCUGAAUUGAAGGUUAAACAGCACCGAUUGAGGAGAACGCACCUUUAGUGGAACCACCGCAGCAUUAAGACAAUCAUUCUUUGGAACAGUUAUAGACUGACAACAAUGCAAAACGCAAUACCAUGUAAACUAAUAGUGCUGUACUAGGGUCGUCUGAAAAGUUUCCGACCUAACAAAAAUAUAAGAUAUAGUACAAGACAUUUUUUUCUGUGUGUUUUUAUUUUUCAACAUAGUCUCCUUGUAACUUUCCUUUAUGAAGGUAAUCGAUUAAAAUAACUUCAAGACUAUCCCAGCAGUUUUUGCUGUUUUUGGAACCCCUCCCCCUAUGCUGUUUGGACUGUAUUUUUGUUUUGGG